UAAUUAAUCAAAAGACUUUCUUCAAUUCUUCAUCUUCUCUGAAAAAAAAGAAAAGAAAAUUACCUUCAAUUCUUCGAUCAAUCAUCAAUGGCGUUGGAAUGGGUUGUUCUCGGCUACGCUGCGGGUGCAGAAGCAAUCAUGCUCCUUCUCCUAACGAUUCCGGGUCUUGACCCACUUCGUAAAGGGUUAAUCGCAGUGACCCGAAAUCUUCUCAAACCAUUCCUCUCGAUCGUACCGUUUUGUCUCUUCCUGUUAAUGGAUAUAUACUGGAAGUAUGAGACCCGACCCACUUGUGAAUCAUCCGAAUCUUGUUCCCCAUCGGAGUACCUCCGUCACCAGAAAUCGAUUAUGAAGUCUCAGCGUAACGCGCUGCUCAUCGCAUCUGCUCUUGUCUUCUACUGGCUGUUGUACUCUGUUACUGGACUUGUUGUUAAAGUUGAGCAGUUGAAUAAGCGUGUGGAGAAGUUGAAGGCUCAGGAUUGAAGGGAAGGAUUUAGAUCGGGUUUUCCAAUCGGAUCUGCCACUCUUUUGCUGGUAUUUAUAUGGUAUGGGAUAUUUAGUGAAUUGGGUUUUUCUUGUACUGCUUUCAUCUUUCAUUAUGGAGUAAUAAUGUUAAACGACUUGUGAAUUGCUCAAUGGAUUAUCUUGUCUUGAUAUUUGGGGUUUCGAUCGUUAUAUUAGUUAGCACUUGUUUUGAUUUGCUUGUAGACUGAUGCAUAAGCUAUAUUUUGAACAAUUUAUGACUUAAA